AUGUUUGUGAAAAGUAUCGGGGUGAACAUUGGCCAAUACAAUAACCAGGGUUGCCUACCUCAGGAUAUUAACAAGGGAUUUAAGGGGGAGUAUGUAUGGCUACGCCCGGAGUACACCACAAAUAAACGGAAAGCCGCCACAGGUUUUCAUAUUAUGAUAUCCGGUGAACGCCUCUACGAUGCAAAUGAUGUCCAUCAUAGAGACCUGGCUAUAGGUGCCGGCGGUCAGUACCGGUAUCUUAUAGCCGAGUAUAACGGGCCCAACAAAAUCACUACUGUAUGGCUAUCGGAGGAUAAGCAAGGUUGCGGUAGUACUGGUGAUAUUAAUGCUGGUAGGGGUGGACGCUAUUUGUAUUUGUGCUGGAGCUAUUAA